AUGGGUGCAUCUGGUCUCAAGGUUGUAAUCCCCCCCUCCACAAUCCAAUACAAAGGCCUCCUCUUAGCCAUCCGCGAUCCCGACCCAGCCAUAUUCGUGGAGCCCAAAGUCUUCUAUCGUUCUCCAGAAUCCGAUCUAACUCUCCUAACAUGGGGCACUCCUGACUACCACUGCGAAUCCACCCUCCGCUUCCUCAACUCGUCACCACCCUCGCGAGUACCAUUCAUCCAUCCCUCCUUACGCAGUGCCAGAGUUGAACUUAUCGAUCUCCAAAUGAUAUUCUCAUGGGAUAUAGAAACAGUAGUAAAGAGCAUGCGCAGGACGAAGAGGUUCGUAAUUGUACACCAGGCGGGUAUGAUAGGCGGCGUUGGAGGAGAAAUCGCUGCUGAGGUUGGGAAGAGGGCUUUUUUGAGGUUGGAGGCAUUUGUGAGGUUGGAGGCACUUGUGAAGAGGAUUACGGGGUGGAAUUGA